AUGCCAGUCAGUACUUCCCUCUCCUCCCACUUCCCUCUCGGUCUUGAGCAUCGAACGGCUUGCUUACGUACCGCAGCAUGGUUCAUUGUGCCAGUACCCGUACAAUCCGUCCAGUCCAUCGUUCCUUACCCUUUGAUAACGCCGCCCUUUUCCGACCCGUCCCUCUUUCCAAAACCUUUCCCUGCCAAUACUCAUCCAGUGCUCGUUACCGCUGGCUUUUUGAACGACAUCCGCCAAUUCAGCCUCCAAAUCCAGUCGCUUCUGUCAGCCAGCAUCGUUAUCCCCUUCACCGACCGCCUCAAAGAUGGGAAAACGCCCUUCAGCUACCCUGUCCGUAACUUUAUCGGCGGCGUCAAUGGGCGAGACGUCAAUGCUGUGGUCCCCACCCUCGUCGGGACGGCACAAGGCACCAAUAUCUUCGUUGCCUCCUUCACCCCCAACGAUGCGCCCUACGGGGCUCUAGCCUCCGACCCGAACGAGUUCGUCGCACAAGUCAGGCAGGUGAUCUUGCCAAACCCCCUCUCCGGCCCUGGAAUCGCGCCUGCGGCUGUCGAUCUCAAUUUCGUCUCUGCCAGCGAGCCUCAGUACACCGAGCGUACCUUCCGUGCGCUGAUCAACCAGCCGAGUAUCCUGACGAAUACAAAGUGUCAGCGCAACAUGUACUAUUUCAACCAGACAUUCAGCGACCCCGUGUUAAGGACUGGGACCGCGACGCUUUACGGGCCAGCCCGUGGGGGCGUUCUUCCAGCUGCCCUGGAUAAGCGGUACGAAGGGCAGGGAGGGUUGUCGGCCAGCUCAGUGACGGUCGGGUUCAACGUGGAGGACUGUGAGGUUGCUGCGGCGAACAUCGAUCCUAAUGCUUGA